AAUGGAUGUGAAAGAUGGACAAUGUUACGCGCAUACCCGAGGAUUGAGGGGCGUCCUGCGUAUGUUGGUAACCGUGAUCAGCUAGUGCAUGGCCGAGGGUGAAGGGGAAACGUGUGAGAGGGAGAAGGGGAUCGCCUUGCAUUUGCCCGGUGCAGGAGGACUCGCUCCUGGGGGGGACACAUUGCAGAGUCGGAGAGAAAUAUCCAGCCGAGAGAGGGUGCUUACGGUAUAGGGGAUUUGCCUAACCCGUUUCUCUUUAUUUUCUCCAACGGUCUGCAAAACGACAGUUAUGUUCACUGGAACAUCAUGUGGGAUGAAACUGUAUUCUGAAUGGCGACGGGCUCCAUGGAUAUAGGAGCAGCGUCGCGAUCUCCAUCCAAGGACAUGCUGCUGGUAUUAAAUAUCCAUAUUUCAUAAGCCAACAUCGCUGUGACCGGCACCGUGCCUAUAAAGCUGCGGGUUGACAGGCAGACGGAAGCAACAACGGCCAGUUAAAGCGAAUAAAUUUAUUUAAUUGCUUUUUCAUAAUUUAUCUUUAAAUCGCAGUAUUUUGUGUAGUCAUACCAAGAUGCACACGGCAAGCGGCUAGUGUCCAUGCCCAGGGAAUAUGGGGAUAUGGUGGAAUGGGAUUUAACACGAGAAAAAUACACACGCUCGUAAAACAUAAACUGGUAUUUGGUGUCGCUUUUCAAAACAGACUGAGAUUCGGGCUCGAAUGAAUGGGAUUGGUCUUGGAAUAUUAAUAUUUACAGUGCAAAAAUAAGGCAACGGAUAUGUGUGCCUGGGAAACAGUGUGGCUGCAUUGUUAAGCCGAGCCGAGACAGACAGGCAGGGGAGAGAGUGUGGAGAGAAAGACAGUGCGAGAGGGAGGCGGAGAGAAUAACCGCGGUGAGAUUAUUUUUAUGGACGCGCCCGGUGCGUAUGUUUGCGCGUGUCAGUCGUGUAACUCAAUCAUGUCGUCGGGCAAGUGAAACAAGAAGACAGCAAGUGCAAAGCUUACGCGCUCGCAACGACGAACAGUACUGUGCUGCCCCCCGCGCUGGCCAAAGAAGAGUCUAAAAACUGCAUGACUCCGAAGGUCAAAAGAAGCGCGGACACAAGGAUUCGGGGGAAGUAAUUAACUACAGCAGAGUGAUUUAUUUCCCGUCAAAACUUUGCUCCAGGCGGGUGACGAGGACAACUGAUGCAGGAGUCCAGGCAUAUAACUGAAGAGGAUGCGUUUAUGUCGUGGACAUACAAGGGGGUCGAACUGUGACGGUAAUGUACAGGAAAGAGUCCGGAGAAAAGACUCUGAACCAUGAGGCUCCCUGAGAGUGAGGAAGACGAAGACGUGUCCUUCAUCAUCAUCAGUGCCAGACAGUGGAGGAGAAGUGAGCGUGUGCCAGGGAGGAUGGCUCUCAUGUUGAUCUGAGAGAGGAACCAGCUGUAAAAUUAUCCAUAGUUUCUCUUCAGCAGAAUCAGCUCGGCCGGACUGGACUGGGAAGCCAUGCUCCAGCUGCCAGCGCACUCUGGUCCUACGUUCCCCUGCUAGACCGCACCCCCCAAUUGUGAAGCCCUGCCCCCUGGGAGGCUCCGCCCCAGGGGCCUAGAGAGACGGAGAGACCCAUGCAGGCUCGCAAAAAGUAUGUCCUCCUGGCCCUCUGCGCUUGCUGCUGGCUGCUGCUCUUCUACUGGGGCGGGGUGCAGGUGCGUCUCCUCAAGCUGCUGGCGCGGCAGCGGGGCGAGGAGGUGCGCCCGUGGCCCGACUGGGUGGACCGAGCGCUGCUGCCAGCCUACGUGGAGCUGGAGGAGCUGCAGGCGGGCGAGGGGGCUGGCGAGUCGCCCCGGCAGCGGCGGCAGGCAUGGGCGGGCAUCUACAAGGACAGCCGCUGCCGCAUGGACACCUGCUUCGACUUCUCGCGCUGCCGCGGGCGCGACGGCUUCCGAGUGUACGUCUACCCGGCCGAGAAGGGCGAGCGCGUGUCGGAGAGCUACCGCAAGAUACUGGCGUCCAUCGCCGAGUCACGCUACUACACGGCAGACCCGCGCGAGGCCUGCCUCUUCGUGCUGAGCAUCGACACGCUGGACCGCGACCAGCUCUCGGCGCAGUUCGUGCCCAACGUGGACGAGCGCAUCCGCGGCUACCCGCUCUGGAACGACGGCCGCAACCACCUCAUCUUCAACCUCUACUCUGGCACCUGGCCCAACUACACGGAGGACCUGGGCUUCCACAUCGGCCAGGCCAUCCUGGCCAAGGCCAGCCUUAACGUCGAGCACUUCCGGCCGGGCUUUGACGUCUCCAUCCCCCUCUUCUCCAAAGAGCACCCCCAGAAGGGCGGCGAGCGGGGCUGGCUGGUGCGCAACACAGUGCCGCCCCGCCGGAAGUACCUGCUGAUGUUCAAGGGCAAGCGCUACCUGACGGGCAUCGGCUCGGACACGCGCAACGCGCUGCACCACAUCCACAAUGGCAAGGACAUCGUCUCGCUUACCACCUGCCGGCACGGCAAGGACUGGGAGAAGCACAAAGAUGCGCGGUGCGACCAUGACAACCUGGAGUAUGAGAGGUAUGACUACCAGGAGCUGCUGCACAACUCCACCUUCUGCCUGGUUCCUCGGGGGCGUCGCCUGGGCUCCUUCCGCUUCCUGGAGUCUCUGCAGGCGGCCUGUAUCCCGGUGUUGCUAAGUAACGGCUGGGAGCUUCCCUUCUCAGAUGUAAUCCAGUGGAGCCAGGCUGUCAUUGAGGGAGACGAGAGACUGCUGCUGCAGGUCCCCUCCACAGUGCGGGCGGUGGAUAACGAGCGGGUGCUGGCUCUCCGGCAGCGCACGCAGAUGCUGUGGGACGCCUACUUCUCCUCCGUCGACAAGAUCGUUCUCACCACGCUGGAGAUCAUUAAGGACCGGGUGUUCUCACACAUCUCCCGGAACAAGUUCAUGUGGAAUGCCCUGCCAGGCGGCCUGCUGGUGCUACCAGAGUACUCCACCCACCUGGCGCACUUCCCGUUCUACUACCUGAGCCAAGGUAUCAGUCCUGGCCAGGAGUUCACUGCUGUCAUCCACGCCGUCUCUCCGUUGGUCUCCCAGUCUCAGCCAAUCAUGAAGCUCCUACAGGUGGUGUCCAAGUCCAAAUACUGCUCACAGAUUAUCAUCCUAUGGAACAGUGAGAAGCCACCCCCUCCCAGGAGUAAGUGGCCCCCCAUGCCAGUGCCUCUGACUAUAACGGACGGCAGGAGGAAGACUAGCAGCCGCUUCCUCCCUCAUGUUGCUAUAGAAACAGAUGCAGUGCUCAGCCUGGACGAGGAUACAGUUCUGCUGACCAGUGAGGUGAACUUUGCCUUCCUGGUGUGGCGCAGUUUUCCUGAGAGAAUUGUGGGGUACCCUCCCCGGAGCCACUUCUGGGACCCUGUCAAGCAGGUCUGGGGGUACACCUCCAAGUGGACCAACGAAUACUCUAUCGUACUGACCGGAGCUGCCUUCUACCACAGGUACUACCAUCACCUGUUCUCCCAGUACCUGCCUCCCUCACUCCGAGCGCUGGUGGAUCGCACCUCCAACUGUGAGGACAUCUUAAUGAACUUCUUGGUGUCGUCUGUCACUCACCUGCCACCCAUCAAAGUGGCCCAGAGGAAACAAUAUAAAGAGAUCCCAAAUCUACAGGGAGUGAAGAACGCCCCCUGGUCAAACCCGGAGCACUUUACUCAGAGACAGGAGUGUGUGAACGCCUUCGCCAGCUGGUUUGGCUACAUGCCGCUGGUCCACUCCCAGUUCCGCUUUGACCCCCUGCUCUUCAAGGAUCAGGUGUCUGUGCUGCGCAAGAAAUACAAAGACCUGGAGCGUGCCUGAGACAGACAGACAGACAGACAGCCAAAGGCGUGGCAUGGACACAUAUACCCUGUUAGGGAGUCCUGCAUUGGCGUUCGAGACGGACAGCCGGUCCAAACUCUCCAACCCCGCUCCCCUACAUACCCCAGAGAGUGCCUGAAGUGGAGAGGGAUUGGAGCAGGGCAUUGGGGGUGGGGCCACACCCCCUCCCUGAUU